AUGCAACAACCUUUUAUACUAAUUCAUUCUAAUUCAAUGAUUGUAUUUAGUGGCAUUAUUGCACUUUUAAAUUUUGCUGAAGUUGUAUCUGGCGUAUCUCCAAUUUUCAAUCAUUAUAAAAAAGAUGAUAUUGCUGCUUGGAAACAAAUAUGUGGAUAUUUUUUUGCUGAACUUUCUUCUAUGAAAUUACAUUUACCAGAACCACAGGCUGGAAUUCAAGUAUUCCUUUUAUCAUUUUAUGAAUCAGGAAUAAGCAAAGUGGAAAUAAUCAUGACAAACCCUAGGGAAUUCGUUAAGGGCAGUCAUGUUGUAGAUUGUUCAAAGUCAUCAAUAGUAUACCAUUAUACAAAUGGAUUUCAGGUGGUAUCUACUGGUAGAUUGUUAGCAUUGCUGAAUCAAUCUCUUAAAAUUGUAAGUUUUGAAUACGAAUCACGUGAGCACACUGUAUAUGUACCUCGUAAAGCUUCAAAUAACCAAAUUGCAGAGGGUGUUGAUUGCAUUCAAGAAAUCAUGGUGGCCACUUUAAAAGAUCGUUUGACAGGCCCUCGUCUUGCAUCAGGUGUCAACGACAUACCAAUCAGGGAAGAAGUUUUACCAUAUGAUCUUGAAGGAAAACAUAAUAAUAAUGUUCCAUUAACACCUGGUACAACUGACGGGCAUCAAUCAAUCUCCACCACCCCUAUAAUCGACUCAUCCAACACGUCCACACCAACUGCUACGCCUAUUUCUAUGAAUGGAUCACCUGCUAUCUCAGAAGCGACAAUAAAAAGAGCUAAUGCCAGUAAUAGCAGUUCUCCUGCUAUGAAGAAAAGGAAAACUAAUAAAAAACCUAAAAAAACAAAUUAA